AUGACAGAGGAGGCCCACACUACGCCGGCAUGGGACUCGCACCCGCCGGACAAUGCAGACUCCCAAUCACCUCCGCAGCCGCACGUCCGAGCCCUCUCCCCCACAAGUCCAACAGUUCAACUCGUCGAAUCAUCCUCAACCCCUGCAGCUCUAUCACCCCCUCACCGCGCCUACUCUCCUCCCCCUCGUUCCAGUUCCGAUUCCAUAGGUCGCCUUAGCGACUCAAGAUGGCCCGGCUUGGAUAGCCUCCCCACACUUGAACGGAAGGACACAUUCACAUCCUCGAUUCCUAAUGGUGACUUGGUGGAACCGAGCUUCGACGAGAACGCGCUCAGGGCACUCUGCGAGCUGGACUGCGGCGUGCCCCUGCUCCUAGACCGGAUUAAGCAGAGCAUGGUUUCAUGUCGGGAAGUUUCCGUGUUCUUCAAGAAACGCGCCGUGUUAGAGGAGGAGUACGGAAAGAGUCUGCAGAAGUUGUCACGUACGACCUCUGAGGUGUAUGCAAUGAACGAUGGCAAAGCAGGGUCGUUUGUCAACGCUUGGCAGACGUCAAUGAAAACCCACGAGGUUAUGGCCGAAAACCGGAUCCGCUUCGCACACCGUCUCAACGAGAUGAGUGAAGAGCUCGCCCAGCUAGCCAAAGAGGUGGACAAAAAUAGGAAGCAGACUAAAGAGCUCGCUACCCGAUAUGAACGUGCACUACAGGAUUCAGAAAUGAUCAUGGAGAAAUCGAAGGCGCGGUUAGAUAUGAACUCGGAAGAACUGGAGCGCGUUCUUCUCCAGAAAGAAGGCGAGUCGUACAAGGACAACGCUGUACAGACCAAGCCCCCAAGCGGGGCACCCGGAAAACGUGUUCUUGGCAAGGCGGUAGCGAAGGGUGGUCUGCUCUUGAAGGGCAAGAAUCCUGGCAACAUCCUGCGACAAGAGGAUGACAUCCGGCUACGGGUAUCGAAUGCUUCAGAUACGUACCGCAAAGCUCUCAUUGAUACCCAAACUAUGCGGCAAGAGUACUUUAACUUCCAGCUUCCCCGCAUAUUACGGUCACUAAAGGAAUGCACCGAUGAGAUUGAUCUCGGCACGCAGUAUCAUCUCACACGAUACGCGUUUCUCUUCGAGAGUAUCGUGCUCAGUGAUGGGUCUACCCUGGUCCCGCCGCCAACAGAGGAGGGCCUACCGUCUGGCGCCGGCCUGAAGUCCACGUUGGAAUCUAUUGAUAAUCGCGCCGAUUUCAAGCUUUACAUGCAGAAUUAUGCCUACGCCCGCGGCAGCGCACCGCUACGCGGGCCUCGUCGCGACGGUCCCGCAGAAGAAGGUUUCGUACGUCCAUUGUAUCCUUUCACUCGUCUCGUGAGUCCACAGUCCGGUGGCUUGCACAUGCCAGACCGCGGGCGCCCGACGUUCGGCGUCGACCUCGCCGAGCAAAUGGCACGCGACAACGCCGAUGUACCAUCCAUUCUUGAAAAGUGCUGUGCAACGAUCGAACGACAUGGUCUGCGGUCUCAAGGCAUAUAUCGGCUGAGUGGCAUGGCGCGCAAGGUGAACACACUCAAGGAGCGGCUUGACAAAGACAUGGAUAAUGUGAACCUGGACGCGGAGGAAUGGAUCUCGGACAUCAACACCGUGACGAGUGUGCUGAAGAUGUGGCUCCGAGAGCUUCCAGAGCCGCUGAUGACGUCGCAGUUGCAUCAAGGCUUCGUUGAUGCUGCUAAAAUCGAGAAUGACCGGUUACGGCAUAUACGGCUGCACGAGCGCGUCAAUGACCUUCCAGACCCUAAUUAUGCUACGCUCAAGUUCUUCAUGGGACACCUUCACAAGAUCGUGCAAUAUGAAGCGGAGAAUUCGAUGUCUAUCCAGAACAUUGGUAUCGUCUUCGGACCAACGCUCUUCGGACAACAGGUUCCCACGGCCAACGGGGCCGCGUCAGGUCACGCCAACGGUAUGGCCGAUACCCCGCACCAAAAUAAGGCCAUCGAAACCAUUCUCGAGCACUACACGGAUAUUUUCGUCGAUGAGGGCGAAGCGUCGUAG